AUGCCCAAGAUCUACGAGAAUGAGAUCGUGUACAACGUCGACACGCUGAGCCGCACGAUGGAUACGGAGACGGGCGUAAUCCGCACAGAGCGGAUAAUUGGGGUGCAGCAGGGUGCACCGAAGUGGAUCACCAAGCUCUUCAACCUCCCCGAGACGGCUUAUGUCCGCGAGGUCGUCUUCUCCGACCCCGAGGGUGCCGACGGGCCUAGCGCAACGUGUAUGUCGAUGAACUUGAACUUGGCGCAAUAUGUGUCCUGCCUCGAGUACAUCACGUACACGCCAUACCCCUCUGGACAGGGAGCGGAGGCGCCGGCGACACUGUUCCGACAGCGUGCGCUCAUGCUGUCGCAGUUCCCGACAGCCAUGAUCGCGCGCAGGAUAGAGAGGGCGAGCGUUGAGCGGUUCUCCAGCAACGCUGGCAUCGGCAGGAAAGGCUUCGAUUGGGUCCUGGAGACGGGAUGGAAGCGUAAGCUCGUCUGCACUUUUCGUAACUGA